UUAUUUACCUAUGCUCCUGUAACGCUUCACUUCAAUCCCUCUCGGUUCCACCAAACAGAAACCUCCACAUUCAGAAACUGUCAGGAAGCUUUAAAAUACAUCCAGCAUUAUUCCUGGAUUUCGGGUUUAAAUUAAAUGUACUCACCACUGAAGGUGGCAGCAGAGGAGAGUUUUGAAGCGGAAGUUGUUCAUGUAAACAGAGUAAACCGUUUCCUCCUCACGCCGCUUCCUCCGAGCUGUAUUAAACCAUGAAUCCGCUGACGAAGGUGAAGCUGAUCAAUGAGCUGAACGAGCGCGAGGCCGACCUGGGCAUCAAGGAGGCCGUGUCCUGGCACAGCGAGUACAGGGACAGCGCCUGGAUCUUUGUCGGCGGGUUUCCCUACGAGCUGACGGAAGGCGACCUGAUCUGUGUCUUCUCCCAGUACGGCGAGAUCGUCAACAUCAACCUGGUGAGAGACAAGAAGACGGGCAAGUCCAAAGGCUUCUGCUUCGUCUGCUACGAGGACCAGAGGAGCACCAUUCUGGCUGUGGACAACUUCAACGGCAUCAAGAUCAAGGGGCGGACCAUCCGGGUGGACCAUGUGAAGAACUACCGUCCUCCCAAAGACCACGAGGACAUUGAUGACAUCACCAAGCGUCUCAGAGAAGACGGCUGCGCACCCUCUGAACCAGCUGCUGCUGCCCCCUCUGAGGAAGAUGAGCAGCAGGACGUCCCCGUGAAGAAAGCCAAGAAGGAUAAGAAAGAGAAGAAGAAGAAAAAGAAAGAGAAGAAGGAAAAGAAGAAGAAAAAGAGCAGAGAGUCGUCUUCUUCGACCGAUUCGUCUCCUCAUCCUCCUGCAGCCAUCCGGGUCAAAGAGGAGAAACAGGACGCUGCGUAUGACAAGUACAACCACCAGGGGGUGCCGGAAAGAGUGAGGGACAGAGAGGACAUGGACAGAGAGAUGGACAGAAGAGAGGACAGAGACAACAGGGACAGAAGGAGAGACGACAGAGAGACGGAAAGGAGGGCGAGAGACGUCAGGGACAGAGAGACAGACAGAAGGAGAGACGAUGGCAAAAGAAGAGAGGAAAGGAGAGAGGAAGACAGAGAGGACAGAUGGAGGGACAGAGAGGACAGCCGAAGAAGAGACAGAGACAUCAGGAGACGAGAGACGGAGCGUAGAUGAAGAGGAUGGUUGCUGUAACCAGAGCUGGAAGCUCAUUUUAGUUUCUCUUUAAAUGUGUUUCCUGUGAUGUCACUUACUGCUGCUGUAGCUGCAUAGCGUCCGGCCACCAGAGGGCGCUGGCCAGAACCCACAGCAGGAAAAAAAAAAAGACUUGUACAGAUCAGUUUAAUAAUAAAAAAAAUAAAAUGCUGGCUGAAACUUUGAUUUCUGAGAAACGUUUGAAGUUCAAUAGAAGAAAAAGCACUGGUUACUAUGGUGACUCCCUCCUUUUCUGAGUCACUGGUCUGGACCAGGUUCCGAUCCAGGAUUAUCCAGACAGAACUGAAUGUUUCUGAGACAGAAAAUAAUAGAAGUAAAUAAAAUCAUUGUUUAUUCACUCUUUUAUUUGGUUACAACAUCUGAAAAAGAUGAAUCUACCUCCAGACAGCAAACAGUAGAAAUAAAUUUUUCUGUAGGGUGUUUUAAACUGGCCAAUCAGAAUAAAGCGUGUGGGCGGGCUUAUGGAAACAGGAAGUGUCAUUUUCAAUCAACAGGAAGUUAGUCUUUGAUGUCACACCAACUUAGGAAAAAGUUCUGUUAAAUCCUUAUUAUUGCACCAAGCAUCCAGGCUAACGACAAUGCUAACACAGUUAGCAUCUCUCUGGGUUCUACGACAUGCUUGCUAAUCAAACCGGGGAGGUUCUGAGGUCAGACCUGAAUAUUUACUAUCCAUCUGGGAUCAAUAAAGAUUUUUCUUUACCUGAAUUAGCUCCAGUUAGAGACAACAUAGUAACAACAGAUGAGAUCAGUUUAUGUGAAUAAACCUAAAACAUUUUUAGUUUUAAACUUCCUGAUAGUAUAACAUGCUGGUUGUUUAGCUUUAAAUCAUGAUCUAAUUUACCGUUGGAUUUAUUUUCAGCUACAUCUGCCACAAAGUGCUGAAAACGUUACAGAUGAAUGUUGUAUCAGUAUAAUUUUCAUCAAAGUUGAACCCAGCUCAAAACAUUCAGCAGUUUUCAGGGUUUAACCUGUUACAUGCCAGAUUAGACGCCUGGUAUCUGUUUUUAUUUAAAAUUAGAGAAAAAUAAGUUAUUUUCCAUAAGGAGUGUUUGAAGGGAUUCAGACGGGACUUGGACCUCUCUGAAUCUGAUAAUCCAAUUUUAUUCAGAUUAUUUCAGGAAGGACUGAACCCCAGACGGCUGCG